CAGGGUCCGAGGGCUGUCUCAGAAGGCUGGGCAGACAUGGCGUCCUAUUUCGAUGAACACGACUGCGAGCCGUCGGACCGUGAGCAGGAGACGCGAACCAACAUGCUGCUGGAGCUCGCAAGGUCGCUUUUCAAUAGGAUGGACUUUGAAGACUUGGGGUUGGUAGUAGAUUGGGACCACCACCUGCCUCCACCAGCUGCCAAGACUGUGGUUGAGAACCUCCCCAGGACAGUCAUCAGAGGCUCUCAGGCUGCUCUCACCCUGCCCUGGGCCCAGUACUCAAGCUUCUUUCUGUUCAUGGACUGCUGGGGGAUGGAAGAAGAGUGGCAGUUGGGAGCAGGGGAGGGUGAUUAUCAGCUUAUGAAGAUCAGACCAAGGCUAGAACACUACUCUACUUUUCUCAGACAAAUUCCUGUCCCUUGUGCCGCCAUGAGCUGCCCACUGAUGACGACACUUACGAGGAGCAUAGACGAGAUAAGGCUCGAAAACAGCAGCAGCAACACCGACUGGAGAACCUCCAUGGAGCCAUGUACACGUGAGGAGGUUGGGGCUGAGUGCUGGCCCUUUGCGUCUUCCUUAUUAACCUUGAAUCCUCAUUAAAGGUUUCUUUACCCACCCUGAGGCUGUAUUGAUCACAGACCUGGCCAGGGGCUCUGCAUCCUCCAUCAGGUCUCUACUUCUGUUGGGGAAGGUGAUCCUAAACUGCAGAAGGCACCAGGUUGCGGUUUUCCUCCCUGCUGGCCCAUCUGGACUCAUGGCAGUGGUAAAGAACUGGAUUACUGCAUCAGCCAGGGCUUGGGCCUAUGUGUUCAUGGUUGGAAGGCAAAAUGUGUCAGGGUCUGGUACCCAGUUAAUCACUUAAAGCUGAUAAACGAGGCUGGGUGCAGUGGCUCACGCCUGUAAUGCCAGCAGUUUGGGAGGCCAAGACAGGUGGGUCACGAGGUCAG